AUGCUCCCGUCCCGAGUCGCUCUUCGCUGGCCUCUUGGCCAGCCACCCUCCCCCGAAGAUAUAUUCUCGUCCGCACCCAACAACAUCUUCACCAAUGAUUUGCAGAACCAACACGGCGACGACCCGUAUACUAUAGUUGUGUACAAGAACCAGGUACAUGGAGAACUAGAGUUCAGAACGGCGGACGUGAACGGAGAAGAGCGCGGAAAGUUUGCACAUUGUCUAUGGAAUGCUGGAAUCCUAAUGGCAGAGCUAGUAGGAGGAAGGGAGACAGAGGGGAAGGGAAUGAGUGUGGAUAGAGGUAAUGGCGUGUAUAUAUCAGGUGAGGAGGCGAAUUGGGGAAUUGAGAACUGGUGGGUCAGCAAGGAGGAAGAGCAUUUGUGGAGUGUGAGAGGGGAAACAGUUUUGGAACUUGGAGCAGGAGUAGGAUUGGCUGGCAUCAUGAGUGUCCUCUCGGGAGCUGAAAAAGUUGCUAUAACCGACUACCCAAUCCCCGCUAUCCUUGAUGCCAUCCAGGGGAACGUUUGUAAAAACAUCGAAGCCUCACUUUGGCCACUCGUGAGCAUUGGGGGCCAUAAAUGGGGUUGCCUCGACACCCCCUUUGCUAAAGACAAUGCCCAUGGUUACACUCGCAUCCUCGCAGCCGACUGUCUGUGGGUAACAAACGAGCACAAAGAUUUGGUCCGCUCUAUGCUCCACUUCCUCUCGCCUUCUCCUGACGCUCGAAUAUUCUGCAUAGCCGGCUUCCACACUGGACGAACGAAGGUAGCGAUGUUUUUUGAGGAAGUGGUUCCUGAGUCUGGACUGGAAAUUGAGGAGUUGCUUGAGAUGGACGUGGAUGGGAAGAGGAGAGAGUGGAGGCGUGAGAGAGAUGGCGGGACAGAGCAUAUCGGAGAGAGAAACAAGUGGCUAGUUGUGGCAAGGCUAAAGCAGUCCACACGCUGAUCCGUGUCAAUGUUGUGACGGGUAGAGACCGGCGACAAAUACG